UCAAUUAAGAAAUUGUUUAUAAUUAAGGAUUUGUUUAUUUCAACGGAUAAAUUUUUCUUGUUAUAACAUUAUUACUUUAAGAUUCAAUCUGAUAUGACACAACAUGAAAAUAAAGACGCCAGAAAAUAUUUUUUUUAAAUGCGUGCAAUGAAAAAGGAGGCGAUAUUUUCCUAGUUCCUGACUUUUGGACCCCUCCCCUUCCAACAGAAAUUAUAUAAUAACUUUAGAAAAGGUGAAGAAUGCGUGCAGUACCCAGUUGGGUAGAUAAGGUUCAUGACAGGGAUAGAAAUGAACAAUGUAUCUACGAUCUAUGCUUUAGACCGGAUGGCACCCAGCUGAUAGUAGCGGCUGGUCAGAGGGUUCUAGUUUACGAUACAGCUGACGGAAGUCUUAUACAACCUCUGAAAGGACACAAGGACACCGUGUACUGCGUCGCCUACGCAAAGGAUGGAAAGAGGUUUGCAAGCGGUGGCGCAGAUAAAUGCGUCAUUAUCUGGACAAACAAGCUCGAGGGGAUUCUUAAAUAUAGCCAUAAUGACGCAGUCCAAUGCCUUGCGUACAAUCCAAUCUCUCACCAGCUGGCGUCAUGCGCCAUUGGGGACUUUGGGCUUUGGUCUUCUGAGCAGAAAUCUGUUCAAAAAUAUAAGGUUCCUGCCAGGAUAAACUGUAGUUCUUGGACGAAUGAUGGUCAGUAUCUGGCUCUAGGUCUAGGGAAUGGAGUGGUCACUAUCCGAACCAAGGGUGGAGAAGAGAAGAUGAGGAUCGAACGUCCAGGAGGAGGGUCCAGUGCUAUCUGGGGUUUGGCCUGGAAUCCUAGCCAGGAGGAGAGCUAUGAUAUUCUGUGUGUAGCAGACUGGGGGAAGACAAUUAGUUUCUACAGUCUCUCUGGGAAGCAAGUCAGUAAAGAACGGAAUAUCGGGUUCGAUCCCUGCAGUGUCUCCUUCUUCUCUAAGGGCGAAUACUUGAUGAUAGGAGGUUCCAACAAGGCCUGCCUACUCUACACUAAGGACGGAGUAAAGCUUGGAACUGUCGGAGAACAGAACUCAUGGGUUUGGUGCUGUGCUGCCAGGCCGGAUUCUAGUUAUAUUGCUAUUGGAUGCCAAGAUGGAACUAUAGCGUACUAUCAGCUCAUUUUCAGUACUGUACACGGACUCUACAGAGAAAGAUAUGCAUACAGAGAGAAUAUGACGGAUGUAAUUAUACAGCAUCUAUUAACUGAGCAGAAGGUCAGAAUAAAGUGCAGAGAUCUGGUGAAAAAGAUUGCGAUCUUUAAACACAGGUUAGCAGUACAGUUAGCGGAGAGAAUUGUAAUCUAUGAACUGUAUUCUGGAGACCAAGCAGAUAUGCAUUAUAGAGUAAAGGAGAAGAUAAACCAGAAGGUUGAUUGUAACCUGCUUGUAGUCUGCACCAACCACCUUGUUCUCUGCCAGGAGAAGAAACUAACCUGUCUCAACUUCUAUGGGCAAAAGGAGAGGGAGUGGAUCAUGGAAAGUCUUAUCAGAUAUAUCAAGGUAGUUGGAGGUCCAUCCGAGAGAGAAGGAUUGCUGCUAGGUCUGAAGAAUGGACAGAUUUUGAAAAUAUUUCUGGACAAUCCGUUCCCAGUAAAUAUCCUGAAAAUCAACUCUGCAAUAAGAUGUUUGGAUCUAUCUGCGAACAGAACUAAACUAGCAGUUGUAGAUGAACAUUCAACUUGCCAGGUUUACAACGUGAGCACAAAGAAACUAGAGUUCCAGGAACCGAACGCAAACUCUGUUGCUUGGAACUCUGAAUGCGAGGAUAUGCUCUGCUACUCAGGAAACGGGACCCUGAGCAUCAAGGCCGGGAACUUCCCUCCCCACCAGCAGAAGAUGAUGGGGUUCGUGGUCGGGUUCACAGGAUCAAAGAUAUUUUGUCUCCACGUCUACAGUAUGACAACUAUUGAGGUUCCGUUGAGCUCUCCAUUGUACCAAUACCUGGAUAAGAAAGAAUUCUCCAACGCGUACACAACCGGAUGUCUUGGGGUCACGGAAUCUGACUGGCGCGCACUUGGCAAUGAAGCUUUAGAUUCUCUUGAUCUAGAUAUAUCUAGAAAAUCUUUCACGAGAUUAAAAGACUUGAGAACUCUAGAUUUUGUUCACGAUCUUAUUGAGAAGAAAACCCAUGGUUCAGAGGAUCAACAGCUUCUCCAGGCAGACGUUCUUGCUUAUUACGGCAAGUACGGAGAAGCCGCCAAAAUCUACAAGAAGAUGGGACAGGAGCACAAAGCUCUAACCAUGUACACCGACUUGAGAAUGUUUGAUCUCGCCAAUGAAUAUCUUUCCUCUGGAGACUCUGCAGACAGGAAGGUUCUAAUCAAAAAGAAAGCUGAGUGGGCUGCUAAGAUAAAUGAACCAAGAGCAGCUGCUGAGAUGUUUCUCUCUGCUGGCGAAACUAUCCGUGCUAUAGAUAUUAUGGGAGAGAAUGGAUGGGUGGAUAUGCUUAUUGAUACAGGCAGAAAACUAGACAAGGCUGAGUCUGAGCCUCUGGCUCUAGUAGGAGAAUAUCUCAAGAAGUUGGGAAGUAUUCAAUAUGCUCAGGAGAUAUUUAAGAAAAAAGGAGAUUUCAAGUCGGUUGUUAAACUAUAUGUGGAGGCGCAGGAGUGGAAAGAUGCAUUUUCUCUUGCGGAGAAGUAUCCUGAGUUCAAGGAGGAUAUCUAUGUACCCUAUGCAAAGUACUUGGCAGAAUCAGAUCGGUUUGUGGAAGCACAGAAAGCUUUUCACAUGGCCGGUCGACCUGACCAGGCGUUCAAGGUUCUACAAGAGCUGACCCUGAACGCUGUUAAUGAAAACCGGUUUGAUGAUGCGUCCUACUACUACUGGAUUCUAGCCAUGCAGGAUCUUGACAUGGCAUCAAGAGCUGAGAAUCCAAUAGAAAAUGUUGCAAAGUUUAAAGAUCAUCAUAGAAAAGCUUCAAUCUACUACGCUUAUCAUACUAUUCAGAGAUAUACUGAUGAACCGUUCACAAGCUACAUGCCUGAAGCACUGUUUAAUAUCUCAAGAUAUUUACUGCAUGAACUCAUCAAAGAUCAUCCCAAGGGUGUUUCAAAGUUUGCUGUUUUGUACGCUCUGGCGAAGCAGGCUAGAAACCUGGGAGCAUAUAAGCUGGCAAGGAAUGUUCUAGAUAAAAUUAACGGGUUAAAGAUUCCUAAACGGUUUAAGGAAAACGUUGAUCUUGCUUCUCUUAUGGUUAGAUCUAAACCCUAUCAUGAUAAUGAAGAACUUUUAACUUUAUGCUAUAGAUGCUCCACAACAAACCCACUCAUGAAUAACAGAGGAAACCAGUGUAAUAAUUGCUCUCAACCUUUCAUCCAUUCCUCAGUUUCAUUUGAGAUCCUUCCACUCAUUGAGUUCCAACUAGAGGAAGGGAUUUCAGACAUCGAGGCACUCAGACUCAUUGAGACAGACCUUAAACCUCAGGAGGAGGAGGAGGCGGAGAACGUGAUGAGGAUUGGAGAAGAGAGCACUGAGGAUCCGUUUACGACUAAACUCCUGACUUUGCAGCAGGACGGGAUAGAUUUCAUUCCAGUGAUUGCUAAUCGAGCUCUGCUACAAACUCUCGGACCCGGAGAGGUAAUUAUCUGCCGGUGGCCUCCACCCUUGAGGUACACCUACUUCAGGAACUUGAUGCCGGAUAUGACGAUCACGAAGUGCGAGUCUUGCAAUAAGGUAUUCCACACAGAUGAUUAUGAACUGCAACUGCUACAGAAAGGCCACUGCCCGUUCUGCCGAUCACCCGGUAAUCUGGCGCAGGAUACAGGAGGAGUUGACGAGGACGACAUUUAAAUACAUCAUAUUGGGAUCAGAAUAUUUAUGAAUAGGUCAGGGAGAUAUCCUACAGAAACAAACAAAAGAUGAAACUUCAAAGAAGACCGUACGGAAAUUAUUAAUUUUUCUAACAUCCAUGAAGCUUUAAACUUUCUUCUAUGACAAACAUUUUAACAGUAAAAAACUAUAUUCAAGGCAGAACAGUUUCAGAAUGUUGAAAUCUCAUUAUUUAUGAAGACUAUAACAACACAAAAAGUUAAACCUGGUUGAGUGUUAGAAAAACUGUUAACUUAAAAAAUUGCAAAUUUAAAGAUAUUAUAAGAAAAAACUAUCAAAUCAAACAUUUAACAUAACCUUAACAAUCAAACAAUAAUUACGAAUUUAAUUUUUACAGAUCACAAUACGUAAGAUAUUAUUUUCCGCAGCAGGCGGACUCAAUAAUUUUAGCUAAGCCUCCAGGCAAUUGGAUUGUUUGUAUGUAAAAAUUAAAGUUGGUUAUGGUCACAAUCACCAAUCAAAUGCAGUGGAAAGAUUUUACAAGACAUUGUGGGCACUUAUAAGAGCGAAAAAAAUGGUAAAAAAGUACACCAACUCUAAUUUUGGCAUACAAUGCAACACGUUAUUCCAGUUCAUCCAGCACAUCCAGAAUUUUUCUUGGUAGAGGACUAAACCUCCCCCACCUCUCCCUCUUACCAAAAUUUUAACCUGAACACGCAACCCCCCCCCCCAUCUCCCAUUCUCUUGAUGAAGAAUUAUAGCAUUUAAAAAAA